GUCGAGAACGCCCCGCUCUGCACUGCGCAAACUCACAUCGUCCGGGGGCAGGCAGUGUUUUCAAAUAACACAAGAUGUCUGCCGGAACAGCGCUAACGACGAACGAGCGUCAUAUUCGAGACAAUAACUACAACAACAAUCUUCCAGAGGACCGAAUGGACGUUGAACUUGACACAGGACACAACGUAACGGACCGGGAAGACUUAGACACUGGAAUACAAGCCACUUGUUCAUCUAACGGCAGUGGCGGGGAGGAGGAUGAGUCGGAGUCCAUUGAUCGGGAAAGAGAAGCCGGGGGCCCGAUUCCUCAGCGCAACGGGGAAGGAGUGUUGUUGGGCAGGGAGCAAGAGGUGUCAGUCGAAAUCGGAGAGACGUAUUUAUGUCAGCGAGCCGACAAGACAUGGCAUUCUGCUGAGGUUAUCCAGUCCAGGCUGAACGAACAGGAGGGCAGAGAGGAGUUCUACGUACACUAUGUUGGAUUUAACAGACGUCUGGAUGAGUGGGUGGGCAAGGCUCGCCUGGCACUGACCAAGACGGCGAAGGACGCAGUGACAAAAAUCGCCGAGGGUGGUGGAGGGGGUGAGCUGGGGGAGCAGCCUGAGAGGAAAAUCACCCGCAACCAGAAACGCAAACAUGAUGAGAUCAACCACGUGCAGAAGACGUACGCAGAGAUGGACCCCACCACAGCUGCCCUGGAGAAGGAGCAUGAGGCGAUCACUAAAGUGAAGUACGUGGACAAGAUCCAGAUUGGAAACUUUGAGAUUGACGCCUGGUACUUCUCCCCAUUCCCAGAGGACUACGGCAAGCAGCCCAAGCUGUGGAUCUGCGAGUACUGCCUCAAGUACAUGAAGUACGAGAAAACCUUCAGAUACCACCUGUCCCAAUGUCAGUGGAGGCAGCCUCUUGGGAAAGAAAUCUACAGGCGGAGCAACAUCUCUGUGUACGAAGUGGACGGACGCGACCAUAAGAUCUACUGCCAGAACCUGUGUCUACUGGCCAAGCUCUUCCUGGACCACAAGACGCUGUACUUUGACGUGGAGCCUUUUGUCUUUUACAUUCUGACUGAAGUCAACAGGCAGGGAGCACAUAUAGUGGGAUACUUCUCCAAAGAGAAAGAGUCUCCAGAUGGGAAUAACGUAGCGUGUAUCCUCACCCUCCCACCCUACCAGCGCAGAGGAUACGGAAAGUUCCUCAUAGCCUUCAGCUAUGAGCUGUCUAAAUUGGAGAGUACGGUGGGUUCUCCGGAGAAGCCCCUGUCAGACCUGGGCAAGCUGAGCUACAGGAGCUACUGGUCCUGGGUGCUGCUGGAGAUUCUCAGGGACUUCAGGGGCACGCUCUCCAUCAAGGACCUCAGGACAUUGACCGAAAUCACACCUCCAGGCUGGGUAAGGGCUAUUUGACCAAGAAGGAGAGGGAUGGAGUGCUGCAUCAGAUGACCUGGCCUCCACAAUCACUCGACCUCAACUCAAUUGAGAUGGUUUGGGAUGAGUAGGACCACAUAGUGAAGGAAAAGCAGCCAACAAGUGCUCAGCAUACAGUGGUUGCUCCACUAAAAGUUUUGCGAUUAUGCUGUGGUACUUAGAGGUCAUUUGUGGUUUAGUACGGUAAUCUACAUCAUCACUUCAUUGCUCCAGACCAGCGGAAGGGGGAGUUAGAGCACUGUGUCUCUGACAGUGAAUGGGUGACAUAAACCUAAAUAGAAACUGUUAAUUGUGCUCGACUUCACACUAAGGGUUUUAUUUUGUUAGGAUUAUUUUGAUCUUACUGUAGUAGUGUAGCCCACUCCUGACCGGUCACGUUGUACAGCGUCUGAGUGGCGCAACGGACUAAGACACUGCAUAGUAGGUCAAGCUGUGUUGCUACAGAUGUUGGUUCAAUGACCGUGCCGGCCUCGACUGGGAGACCUGUGAAAUGACUCUAGGUUUUUGGUUUCUCUUCCUUUAAAAACAGAAAUAAAUAAUUAGAAAUAACAAACUGGCUAACAAACUGGCUAAUAACUAACUUUAUUUCCAAAUUAGUAACAUUGUCUCAUCCCAUGUUCAAGAAUGGCCUUUUUCUCGCUCAUUUUACAGUAUUUGAAAACUAAAUCAUCUCUGAAAUAUAUAUUUUAUAAUUAUUUUAAAGCCCCUUGGAUAUUCUCACAGAUAUAUUAUUAACCCUGUUAUUAGUAGGACAAUAUAUAUUGGUCAUGGCUCCUGAGUGGUGCACAAUGGGAUUGGCCUGCAGUUCUCCAGCUGUAUUUCAGUUCUCCACUGAAAGCGUUCAAGGCACGAGGGCAGGAGGCACGGGAUGGGCCGCAGAGCCGCGCACACGGACCUAGCCCAUGGGGAAAGGAGGAGGAGAGAGGGGGUCCACCCACUCCGCCACACUGGGUAGCACAGAGGAACACUUUAAGGGGCAUUGCACUAAUAAUGGCGUUGACGGGAAACGUUCCCUCUGUUCUUAGUGCCAGUCUGCACGUUCAAACUAAAACAAUGUAACUAAUAAUGACAUCUUUAUGCUUUCGUUAAUAAAAUAAUGAUAAAAAUACUUUUUCAAAAUGCCAAUGUUUAUUUAGUUAUGGAUCCAUAACAAAUUACUAUGGGGAAUAAAUAUCACUGAAUUACAGAAAUAUUGGAACAAAGUUGUCUAAUGAAGGUAAACAAAUUGUUGCUUACUGGAAAAUCUCUCUUUCAAACACACGGUCACGGUGUACUGCGCCAUUAUGGCUAUUAGCUAUUAGGACAAUAGACUUGCCUAGAAGGUGGGUAGGGGGAUAAAUCUAUCAUCAAAUGUAUUUCUUAGUUAGGUUGGCUGUAUCACAACCUGCUGUGAUUGGUUGCAAUUUCAGUUUAAUCUACCAGAAAAGACUAAACAAAUAAUACAACAAAAUAUUA